UGUGACACACGAAGGUGGAAAGCGCGUGGAUAUUUAAUAUUUACUUAUUUGCCAAAUUGUCCUUUUGUGUUUGGAGAAACCUCUAAUCACGCGAACAGCGUGCUUAUUUUUUCCAGUGUACUUUUAUUUAUUAUCCCUCUAAAACCCAACAUGCAACAACAUUACGAAGUGGCUAUAAAACGUGGUAUCACGUCUUAAUUUAUGCUAUUUUUUUAUUGUGGCGGAGGCGUUGUUCGUGUCGAUGUGUUCCUUUUGCGCAUGCUGUUCCCCCGGGAACGAAACUUGAAUGCCGCACGGCACCAAUUGACCGACCCUCUCUUUCUCAAUCCCACGAAAAUGGAUCGAAAAGUCUUAACUGCAUUGAGAGACAAUACGUUUCCCCUGCUCUUUUGCAUCCUCUAGUCGUCGCGUCUGCAUUAACUCACUUCCUUUAAAGACUUUACUAUUUUAAUUAGAUUUAAGCCUCUAUAGCGACAGAUGUCGGAGCGUCAUUCAGGCGUCAUGGUGACAUCCAGUAAUGCUGCAUCGUGUCACUCCUGGCUCUCUACGACCAUUUCUAGCUCGCCAGUGGAUUAAAGGUCGAAUUGCUUGCUUAAAAGAUGUUGAAAAGUUUUGUUUCCCGUCUGAUGUGACUGUUUGCUGUGUUGUUGACGUGAACAUUUCUGGAAAUGCUCAAAGCACGCGAAGUUCUACUUGUAGGGGAAGGCAACUUCUCUUUCUCCGCAGCCUUGAACGAGAACGCAGGCGACGAUGUCGGUGUGACCGCGACUUGUUAUCAAAACGAGGAGAACGCGAACAGACAGGAAAGCGCAGCACUGAACAUACAGCGACUACGAGAGAGAGGAUCAACUGUUUUGUUUGAGGUGGAUUGCACGUGCCUGAAGGACCAUGAAGCCAUCAAGCAUCAUCUUUAUGACUGCAUUAUCUUCAAUUUCCCUCACAGUGGGCGUAAAAGUGGCGUAAAGACGAAUCGCCUUCUGUUGGUGAAAUUUUUCCAAAGUGCUAUUGCAGUCCUGAAGGACAAUGGGGAGGUGCAUGUCACCCUGUGCAACGGUCAAGGUGGUACUCCAUGUGACAGUCCAGUGAGAGAAUGGCACAAUAGUUGGCAAGUGGUUGCCAUGGCAGCAGAAGCUGGACUAAUUCAAAGUGAGAUCCGGCCUUUUGAAUGUGAUAUGCAUCAAGGUUACCAAUGUACAGGUUACAGGAGUCAAGACAAAGGUUUUCAUGUAGAAGGAGGUUUGACCCAUGUCUUUACUCGAAGUCUCCCAUAUACCAUGCCAGAAAAACUAAAAAUGGAGAGAACAAUUGGGAAGGAAACGGUUUGUUUUGAGAUUCCAGCUGAGUUGUCCGAGUAUGUGAACAGGAAUUUCCUCAGUCAGCAGUCACAUCAUCCAGUAAAAACUGUCCAGGAACAAUUACUCAGAGAGCUAAAAUCAGUUUGCCCCGUAUGUACCAUAAGUGAGGAAUUCCCAGAACUGGUAACAUGCCGGCCAGAAACGCUUCAGACGUAUGACCCCAAUCUGACCCAUUCGGAGGUUUACUGGAUUAAACCUACUGAUACCUAUAUAUUCAACCAGAGCGCAAAUAGACAAGAGGAUGGUGAGUCUAUGGAUGAUCAACAAAGUUUCACUGGCAGCUAUGCACUACGGCCAUCUCUGCUUUUUCAUGCUCAGGAGAUUACCCAGAAUGAGGAAUUCAGCCCUGGAACACUUUACGCUGUCAGUGGUCUUGUCUUUCAGAGAGUACCUGUUUCCCCGAGCCGUUCUUCUGCCUUCCACCAACUUCUACUGGUGGGAAUGUUCCCUGUAGAAUCUCAACCUCUCAAGUGCUUCCAAGAUUCUUUAGAAUCGCUGCUUGCUUCUUACGGCGUCUCCUUCGAGCUGGUGCAAACAGGCCCAGAGCAGCAAGUUUGGAUGAAUUCAAAGAUGCUUCCAAAAUUUGGACGGAUCACAUCACUGCCCUCCUUUGCUUCAGACCUUGAAGGUCUACAGUUAAUAGUUGUCUCAAUAAACUUGGACCAUUUGGCUACUCUGAUCUUCGGCAUUUCUGACUGGCGCUUGCUUUGGAGUGCAGAUCCUCGUUUUCUUCAGCACUUUGAGCUCAAUCCACUUGGAACUUUCUGUCCAUUCUCCCUUUACCCACCAAGCUACAUGCAUGACAUCAGUUUCUGGAUGGAUCCAGACAACUUUGAGGAGAUGAAUUUCCACACAGUUGUGCGAGAGGCUGCUUGCGGCGCUGUAAAGGAUGUGGUGUUAGUGGAUCGAUUCAGACACCCACACAUGGGUCAUGCAAGCCUCUGCUUCAGGCUCACAUAUCAGUCAUCGGAUCGUGCCCUGUCACACAGUCAGGUGUUGGGACUACAGAGUCAGUUGCGGAGACUGUUACCUCUGCGCCUGCAUGUAACCCUAAGGUGAACUGAAGAGAGCAUAUAAAAAACCGAGUGAAUGUGUUUUUGAUCAAUCGACAGCGAAAUGCUUGUUUUUAGUGAAUACAAUGUGUGCAUUAUGUCAGUCUUUGAUAAAUCAGAAUGUCGAAUUAUUUUAACUGUUGCUGUUGUGUUUGAAUUACGCAUAGUCAUAUGUUUACAUAUUGCUAGUUAAAAUAUAUGGAAGUUUUAAUUAUUUAUAUUGUUUUAAUACGGCAUCAAAUGUAUGAUUACAAGAGUACAUUGUCACAUUAAUUUUUUUUCAUACAGCAAAAAUGGAAAUGUUAGUGAAGUGUGUACUCUUAUAUUUUUAAUUCUGCAUGUUUAGGAAAUUAGAGUUAAGACACAUAUUUGCGAUCAUUUAAUCCGAUGCAUUUUUUUCCCUAAUUUCUUGUAAGGCGUGUUUACAUAAAUGUAAGUUUACAAAAAUUCUGAAGCUGCAUUUACUGCUGUGAUGCAUCUGGAAUGUUUACAAUUAUGAACAUUUGUGACUGUAAAUUGUUCUAACUAUGAUAUCUGUAUAUUUAAAGGAAUAAUUUUCCCCAAUAGAAGUUUUAGCCAUCAUUUAAUCUCCUUUACAUAGUCCCAAAGCAACACAUUUUGGGACUUGCAGAAUGUUCAGUCUGCUUUUUUAUGUUAGUAAAGGUGGAUAUGGAGGCUGUCACAAAUAAAAAAUGUUAUUCAAAGGACAUAAAAAAAAUUCCUCUUUUUCUAGGACUGAUAGCCCAUCUCCUUUCAUUUGUGCAACAUUUUUAUUUUGGGGUAAACUUUUUUUUUAUUGAAAAUUGAAACUAAACAUCAAACGUUUGUGAACCUUUGUUUCCCUUAACGAAACUGUACAAUAUUUUCUAUGAUGGGUUUAAAAUAACUAGCAGGAACCAUCUAGUUUAGGAAUGCUUUGUGUACAAUCCCAGCGCAUUUAGUGAAAAAUGUAUACAUUUUCUCAAAGUAAAACAAAGUGGAAUAAAUGUGAGUUAUUGAUUGCAAGAAUCUAUAA